CCACUGGGACAGGUUGGCGAAUGGGGUGCAUCCCCAGCCAAGGAGAGGGUUUCCCAACGGGCUCCCGAGCGAGGCCUGCCAGGCGGAAGGCGCCUCCCCUUCCCGAGGGGUGAAGGAACAGCCUGCCUCGUUAAUGAUUGCCGGGAGGCCUUAAAGGCGCCCCGAAGCGCCGGCUGGAGCGCGAGAAGGAGAUGGCCAACUGGCUGGCGGCGCUGCGGCCCGGGCUGCGAGGCCUGCUCUGGGCGCUGGGCCUGGGCCUGGUGGGGGCCGCGCUGGUCCUGGUCGGGGUGGUGCUCGGCCGGACCUAUGGCGCCUCCCGGCCCCCGACGCUGGGCCUGCCGCUGCGGGACAGAGGGCCCCUCGCCCGCCGCCUCGAGCCCCUCUUCACUGCCCAAGAAAAGCAGGCGCUGAAGGAGAACCUCCGCGGUUCAAUCAGAUUACAAACCGUUUCCUUCUCAGAAGAUGAACAGAAUGUAACAGCCCUGGCAGAAUUUGAACCAUAUAUUCGUAAAGCCUUUCCUUUAGUGUUCUCUACUACAUUCAUCCAACAUCAAGUUAUUGGAGGAUAUAGCCACCUGUUUACUGUCCAAGGGUCUGACCCACAACUACAGCCCUACAUGUUGCUUGCCCAUAUAGAUGUAGUCCCAGCUUCCCCAGAAGGCUGGGAUGUUAGCGACCCUUUCUCUGCUGAAGAACGUGAUGGGUUCAUCUAUGGAAGAGGAACAUUGGAUAACAAAAACUCUGUUAUGGGGAUUCUACAGGCACUGGAAUUCUUGUUAAAACGAAAUUACAGGCCUCAGAGAAGUUUCUAUAUUGGUCUUGGGCAUGAUGAAGAGGUAGGUGGCAAAAAAGGAGCAAAGAAGAUUGUGGCUGAGCUGGAAUCUAAAGGUGUGAAGCUUGCUUUUGUACUUGAUGAGGGCAGCUUCAUCUUUGAUGGAGUCGUUACAGGAAUAGAGAAACCUGUAGCUCUGAUAGGCCUCACAGAAAAGGGUGCAAUUACAGCACAUUUCACUGUGACAUCAUCACCAGGUCAUUCUUCUGCACCACCUAAGAGAACAAGUAUCGGCAUUCUUUCUGAAGCAAUGUCCAAGCUGGAGAAGAAUCCAAUGCCAAAUCUGUUUGGUCAGGGACCUGAACUCUUGAUGUUCGAGGAAUUGGCACCAGAAUUUAAGUUCCCUCUCAAUAUCAUCAUGGCAAAUCUGUGGCUAUUUGCACCUCUAGUUGGCAGAUUUCUUGAGCGGACACCCAGCACAAAUACAUUUGUUCGGACCACUACCGCACUGACUAUGUUUAAUGGAGGAAUCAAGUCCAAUGUCAUUCCACCGUUUGCAAAUGCAACUGCAAAUUUCCGCAUUCAUCCAGCUCAAACAGUUGACCAGGUCUUGGAAAUAAUAGAACAAACAAUUGAUGAUGGCCAAGUGAAGAUAGAACUGGAGGACGCUUUUGAUCCACUUCCAGUUAGUCCCUGGGAUGACCAGACCUUCGGCGUGCAGGUUUUCCGUCAGGCUAUUCUGGAUGUUUUCCCAGAUGUUGGCAGUAUAGCUCCAGGUAUUUGUGUUGGAAACACUGACAGUAGACAUUACACCAGUCUUACAAACGCUGCUUAUCGAUUCAACCCAGUGUUCUUCAACCCCACAGAUUUACCAAGGUUCCAUGGGUUGAAUGAAAGGAUCUCUAUUGAUGGGUAUGAAAGGCAAGUGAAGUUUCUCUUCCAAGUGAUUCAACAUUCCGAUUUUCACCAGCCCACAGUGCCACAUGCAAACCUUCAUGAGUUAUGAAAGCAAAAAGUAGCAAGGUUUCCGAGGAAUUUGAAAUAUAUAGCACAGCUCUGUUCCAGUUUGCCUUCUUUUCCAGAGCGUAGCUGUUAGGAAUAAUGACUUGCAUUCAGAUUUAAAGUAAUGAGAUAUUGUGCUUCACAGGUGGUUAGAAAACCUACUGAAAACUUAAACCGAACAAAUGGCUUUGAUAAAAACAAAGUAUUGAGCUUGCUGUUAUUGUUCUACCUCAUAAUUAACAGAGUCUUGAAAAUCUCCAUAGGGCAGCAGUAUAAAGUUUGUAUACUAAAGAACAUUUGAAUUGUUCUCAGAUAGAAAAAUGACAGUUUUUCAUGUAGAGGCAAGAGACAAAGGAGACACACCUUUUGUGUGUAGUUGAAGUUGGUAGUACAGAUUGUGUAUCACUUACCAGGAAUUCUGAUUUCUAGAAUUGUCCACAUGGGUGGCUGAAAUAGUGAUGCCUUUGUUUUCUGAUGGUUCAGUGUAAACAAACUUUGUUUCAUGCAUAAAAUAAAAAUAUUGUAUAAAAUUA